AUGGUGAAUAGUCUUGUAUUGCCUCGUCCAGGGACAGCCAAGUCCAACCAACCCCCAAUCCAAGCACCAUCCGAAGCCGACUUCGGCGCAGCAUUCGGCAACCUGCUCCCAUCAGCCUCAUACCUCCAGACACCAAACGGCAGAAUCGCCUAUUAUGAGCUCUCACCCUCAUCUGCUGCACCAACAGACCUCAAACAGCCAAUCUCCCGCGUCCUUUUUGUGCACGGGGUCCAAACACCCGCAAUCGGUCUGCAGCCAUUAGCAAGCGCGCUCUCUUCCCGUUUCCCAUAUGCGCACUGUGUGCUGGUAGACCUGUGGGGCCACGGACUCACUGAAACACCAAUUGCACCGCAUGAAGCAGCACUCUUCCAUUCAUUACUCGAGGAUGUGAUGGUGCAUCUGGAGUGGGAGACUGCCCAUUUCGUUGGGUACUCGUUUGGUGGAUCCACCACUGCCAGCUUUGCGGCUGCGUAUCCCCACCGUGUGGAGGCUAUGGUGCUGGUUGCGCCUGCGGGUUUACUGCGCUCCGGGCAAUUUGAUGAGGUGCAGAGAAGCUAUCUGCGGGGUGGUGAUGGGUUAGAGGAGGACGCGCGCAGGUGGAUUAUGGAAUUCCUUGAAGGGGGGCAGUUGGUUGUUCCGUCGGAUUGGAAGGAGAGGGUUGGCCGAGGCGAGGUCGUUGCGGAGGCGGUUCGGGACUGGGAAAUGAGGGAGCAUCAGGGCCAUGCGGCAAGUGUAGUUGGUAUUUUCAGAGAUGGCGGAGUCUUGGAUAAACAUGCUGAAUUUGCCGAAGCGGCGAAAAAGGGCAUUGAGAGUCUAUGUAUCUUGGGAGAGCUGGAUGACUUGUGCACUGUACAGGACUUGCAUGAUGUUGGCUUGCGGAAUGUUUCUGUUGUCCCACAGGUGGGACAUGGUGUUGUGAGGCAGAAAGUCCCAGAGGUUGCCCAGCUCAUUGAGGAUUUCUGGCAUAGGCUCGAGUAG